UUGACAGCUCCAUUACUUCCGUGAAAACACUGGCAAAUAACAAUGGAGCAUAUUUUUCAUUUUUCAUAGAAAUAUGGCAUCUUUAUUACAAUAAUGGACACCAUGGACGACAGUGGCAUAGAUAGCGACAAUAAAACUGGACCAAAUGACAACUUUUCCACUGAAAAUAACGUUGAUGGAAAUCAGUCUUCAAAGAUUCCAAAUGGAUCUGACAAUGGUAUAAAUGCACCGAAGUCCAUCAACACCUCAUCAGAAUUGCAAAAAAAGAUAGAAAAACAAAGAGAGAAGAAUCGUAGAAAGGGAGUAGUUGACGAUCAGCCCAAAAAGUCAUUCCUUCUGCCAAGGAGCAGGUUGAACAUACCAAGCAAAUUGUUGAGCUCGAGUCUCACACAGAAGGAACAGGAGCAGCCACUUGUUUCCCUUCUCUCAGAUGACAGUGAGGAGGAUGAGUUUGCAGUAGGAGCGCCGUUAUCUCGAGAGGCCCAGCGAGAAAUCACUGCCCAGCUUAUCAAAGAUGGCUACAACCUUGACCUUGAGCCAGAUGAUGAGGACCUUGACCUCAUUCCUCCUCGCCCCCUCCAUGAACGCUGGUCCUGCUGCCCUGCAGCCACCUGGGUCCCACACAGAUGUGCAUUACAAUAACACAGGCUCUGCAUGGGUGUGCUGUACAAAAACACUGGAUUUAGAUUUUUUGCAUUUAUUUGUCAUUAUUGUCUCAGUGUAAGAUUAUGCACUACAUGGUACCUCUAAAGAUCUGCUUUUGUAAAUUUUCUUGUAUAAUAAUAAAAAGAACAGCAGUAUUAGCAAAACCAAAACCUUGAUUUUAUAUAUUGACUGUUAUGGAAGUCAUUAUCUGACUGUUACUGGCAAUUUGUGAGUAAAAAUUACAUAACCAGAACUGCUGUUCAUAAAUGUACCUAGUUUUUCAAUAUGAUUGUAUGAUUUGUUAAUGAUGGUAUAUUUUAGUGAUGAUUUUUAAAUGAAUGUUUAACAUGUACAUGUGUACUUCCAUCUCAUUGUCAUGAGUUUAUAUUCUAUAACCAUUGCCAAAGGUUAAUUGACAUACAUGAUUUGCAUAUGACUUCUCACAGUGGUGAAAGUAAUGUAUGAUUCCAGUAUGACAUUUUUGGAUGGUUAUGCUCAACUAUUUAAAAUGGCUUGGACUGGAAAAUGAUAUUUAAAGUUGAGAUAUCUGUUUCAUAAUAGAUUUAAGCGACUGCAUUAAUACACUGAUGCUGACAUACACAUUCCUAUUUACAUGUACAUGUAAGUUAAGUGACACAUUUCAUUUUGUUGAAUGCAGGCAUUAUUCUGAAUGCAUAUUAUACUAAAUAUUUCAUUUACAUUUUCAUGAUGAUAAAAUGUGAAAAGUAGUUUGAUUGCUUAUGGAAAGUGAACAAAGUUUAUUUAGUCUUUCCAUUUUCAAAGUUUUUAUUUUCUUUUUUUAUAUGAUUAAAUGUUGUGCAAUAUGUUGAUAAAUAUUACACUACAGCAAGAUCCACUUCUUUAAGCUGCUGUGUUCUAUAAUAUUAAUAUUACAUUUGAGAGAAUUAAAUGAUUAAAUUUUAAUCAUGUGCAAUAUAUUGUUUUAAUAGAAAUCCACCAUAAAGCUUGUUAAACAUAAAUUAGAACUAGAAGAAUUAAUUGAAUAUUUGUGAAGCAAACCUUUUUCAUGUAACAUAUACAUGUAUACAUACAAGUCUGUUGGAUCUGUCUAGAUUUAUUUUAUCAUAUUUUUGUUACCUUGUAAUUGUGUUGAGGAUUUGUUGUUGUUUUCAAAAGUUUAUUAUUGAUUUCAUUCCAUUUAAUUGACAUUCCUUGAUUUUUAUCAUUUCAAUUUUGGGAAGGGUAAAUUUGAUUAGCUUAUUCUUUAAUGUAAACAUGUAUGAAAUAGAUCUGAGGUUAUGAUAUUGAAGUAGUGCAUGGUAUGAAGUGUUAUUGUAGUAGUGAGUGGUGCAAAGUUUAAUUGAAGAAAUGAGUGGUACAAGAUGUUAUUGAAGAAAUGAGUGGUACAAGAUGUUAUUGAAGUAAUGAGUGGUACGAUGUAUGUUUUAUGCUUGUUUGCAGAAUGCUUUCUUUUACUUGUAAGAUUUACAAUUCACAUAUUUGAACCGUUCAAUUUGCCACAAACUUUGUAUGGCAAAUAUGACUGUAGAUAGUUUUAACUUCUGGAGGCCUAUAUUUUCUGAAAUUAUUUAUUCCAUUACAAACUUGUAGUAAAUCCUACUGUGUAUUUAAAAGAGAUUCUUGGUUGCCUACUUAGGGCAGUGGUUAGCACACUUGCUUCUCACCAAGACGUCCAGGGUUCAAUUCUAGGCUUUGUUUUACUAUAGUUGUCAAAUAAAUAAGUUCCAUUUAUUCACAAUAUCUUUGUGCCCUAAUAGCUGAACCUUGUUAAAAUGGUCAAAACACUAAAGUCUUGAAAAAGAUACAGAAGUUGAUUGAUGAUAUUAGAAUACAUGUUGAAAAAUCAAAAAUUAUAUGGCAUAAUAGAUAUGAUUCUCAUCUUUUGGAGUCUUUCAUUUAUGGCUUUUCUUGUUUUGUUUCAUACUUUGUUCUAUAUUUAGUUUUGUUACUGUAGCUUGAUUUUCUUUCAGCUCUUACAUAAUUAUGGUGUUGUUUUUGUUACAUAACAGGGCUCUUACCUGUUUCGUAGGGAGAAAUGGCUUUUGAUAAAGCCUACAUUUCUCCGCGUACUUGCUCUUUUAUCAUGAUAUUAUUGAAUUUCUCUGUUCAUGUUAAAAAGAUAUUUAUGUAACCUGAUAAUUAUUGUUUUGUCUUUGUAUGGCCUUGUGUAGAUGUGUGUUAAAUAAGGACUGAUGAAUGUUCCAAUGUGUUAUUUAAAUGCCAGUGCUCAGUCUUUUGAAUUCCAUCCUAUUUUGCUCUUUGUUUAUUUUCGUCUUCUUGAAUUAUGUGUAUGGUUUCUUUACUGUAUUGUCUUUCAGCUUUAAUCCAUUACACUUCAUUUUCUUUAAAAAUUAUUGCAAUAUCAAAAUAGCCAUGUAUAUACCGGUAUGUGCCAUUUUCAAACUACAUCUUCGUGAAAUGUCAUGAAAAACAAUGAACAACAGUUACUAGCUAUGUUAUACAGAUAAAAUGAUCAGUCAGCAGGUGUAGCUGUUUACUACGGAUGAAAUGUUCAGUCACGUUAAGCUGUAAAUUACCGAACUGCUGAGUAAUGCCUUUUUAUUACUAAAAAUUAUUUACUCCGUGGGUUUAAAAACUUUUCUUCAUAUGUGUCAAGCAAAUAAAGCAUUUUCACUUUGUAUUGUAAUUGUCUUUUUGUUUGUCUGUUUUUCAAAGGAAAAGGUUUUGAUAUUGUGAUAGCUGCUGCUGUGUCAUCAUCAAAAACUGGAUCCUUGGCCAUAACUCAAAAACCAUUCAAGAUUUACUUAAUAUAUGUACACAAACGCUAGAGACAAUAGGCACAUCUGAAGAAAGUCCCAUUAACUUGGCUUAAUUCAUUGAACAGUAAUGUGACCUUGCCUGUUGGAAAGUAUACAGAUGAGCAUUUGGACUCACUAUAGGUGCUCGUGUUUGGUCUCACAUGGCCUGUUGGUAUAAUAUUAGCAUAGAUUGUAGACCAAUGGAAAGGGUAGACGUUAUUCAUCAUUUCAAACUGUAGAUUCACAGGAACUUCAUAGUCUUCCAUCAACACUAAAUGUCUAUAACUGACAUGCUUUGUUCAUAAUAAUAAGAUGAGGAGUCUCUUUCAAUUGACAUGUCUUGUAUGUAACCAGUCAGAAUUUUUCCUUAAAAUUAUGCAACAUAUGUUCUAUAGCUAUUGCAUGGUGUAUUAUCUAAGACUUAUUUGCCCAUUACAUGCUACAUGUAUGAUGUAUGAUAAGUAAGGAACUAAAUGUCUACAUUAUGUAUGUACAGGACCAAACUUGUUUUUAGGGAAUUUGUAGGAAAUGUUGUAUAAUUGAUAGUUACUAUUUUGAAAUUCUAAUAAAUGUUGCUAACUGA